AUGGAGAUUUUGCCUUAUAAAGGGGUGGAGCUGUUUGGGGAAGUUUCCUGUUCUGAGUGUGGGAAAUGUUUUUCAUGGAAAUCACAUCUUGUUACACAUCAGAGUAGUCACACAGGUGAGAAGCCAUUUUCAUGUUCUGAGUGUGGGAAAUGUUUUACACAGAAAUCAGCUCUUGUUACACAUCAGAGACGUCACACAGGUGAGAUGCCGUUUUCCUGUUCUGAGUGUGGGAAAUGUUUCGCAUUUAAAUCAUAUCUUGUUAUACAUCAGAUAAGUCAUACAGGUGAGAAGCCGUAUUCCUGUUCUGAGUGUGGGAAAUGUUUUGUAUGGAAAUCAGAUCUUGUCACACAUCAGAGAAGUCACACAGGUGAGAAGCCAUAUUCCUGUUCUGAGUGUGGGAAAUGUUUUGCAUUUAAAUCAUAUCUUGUUCCACAUCAGAGAAGUCACACAGGUGAAAUGCCGUUUGCCUGUUCUGAGUGUGGGAAAUGUUUCGCAUUUAAAUCAGCUCUUGUUAGACAUCAGAGAAGUCACACAGGUGAGAAGCCGUAUUCCUGUUCUGAGUGUGGGAAAUGUUUUGUACGGAAAUCAGAUCUUGUCACACAUCAGAGAAGUCACACAGGUGAGAAGCCGUAUUCCUGUUCUGAGUGUGGGAAAUGUUUUGCACAGAAAUCAAAUCUUGUUACACAUCAGAGGAGUCACACAGGUGAGAAGCCGUAUUCCUGUUCUGAGUGUGGGAAAUGUUUUGCACAGAAAUCAAAUCUUGUUACACAUCAGAGAAGUCACACAGGUGAAAAGCCAUUUUCAUGCUGUGAGAGAAAUAAAUCCGCUCUUGUUGAACACAUUAGACAUUACCCAAGUACGGAACCAUUUACAUCUUCUGGAGUAUAAUUAUCACUGUCAUGCAAUGUUCCUCAAGGGUGAAUCCUAUCUCCUAUGCUUUAUAAAAUAUACAUGCUACCACUGGGUGAUAUAAUCAGACAUAAUGGCCUGGUCUACCACUGCUAUGCUGAUUACCUGCUUUUUGCUCCAUGUACUGAGAACCUAAUACCAAUCCUAAAUGGUUGUCUAGCUGAGCGCCAGGGGUGGAUGAUGCCAGUUGGCUGUGACUCAGUCUUUGUGAAACAUAAUAGAAGCUCACCAACAAAGGACAAGACUACAGCUUUACCAACCAUCUGGAUUUACGCUUUGGUGUUCAGAAUUGAAAAUACUGAACAUGUGCUGAAUCUGUGUGUUGUCCUGGUAUGUGGCUGACACUGACAUCAGGUAUUUGCCACAUACAAAUCCUCAUUCUUCCAUCUGUGGACCAUAGCCAGAAUCAAGCUCUUGAUUCCCUCAGAAGUUCAUAGACUACUGCAAUGCCAUCUACCUGGGUCACCCAGCAAAAGAAUUACAGAGCUUGCAGCUAGUACAGAAUGCAGCAGCCAAGCUGUUACCUAACCCGUUCCUGCCGCAUAACACCCAUUCUCUACUCCCUCCACCGGCUGCCUGUAAGAUGACAAAUCUAUUUAAUUAUUGGCUAACUGACCUUCCCAGCCCAACAUUACAUGGUCCAAGGUACUAGAAGCAGCUCCUGCCUCCUUACUGCCCUGCUUGCUUGCUUCUACAGAUGGACUGUUACCAGCAGUACCAAGAAUCUCCUGUCAUUCAUUUAAGGGUUGAACAUUUAGCUUUGUAGCCCUGACCAUGGAACUCACUGCCUUGCACAGUCCAAGAGGCCUCCACUCUAGAGUCCUUCACAAGCAGACUGAUGACUGUUACUCACGCUUUUCAUUAAUGUACCUCUAUUUCUCAUACGUCCUAGAGGAUGCUGGGGAUUCCAAAAGGACCAUGGGGUAUAGACGCAUCCGCAGGAGCUUGGACACACUGUAAAGACUUAAACUGGGUGUGAACUGGCUCCUCCCUCUAUGCCCCUCCUCCAGACCUCAGUUAGACUUUGUGCCCAGGAGUGUUGGGUCACACACUAGGGGAGCUCUACUGAGUUUCUCUGAAAGACUUUGUUAGGUUUUUUAUUUUCAGGGAGACCUGCUGGCUACAGGCUCCCUGCAGCGUGGGACUGAGGGGAGAGAAGCAGGACCUACUUCUGUGAGUUUCAAGGCUCUGCUUCUCGGCUACUGGACACCAUUAGCUCCAGAGGGUUCGAUCACUUGGUGCGCCUAGCUGCUUGUUCCCGGAGCCACGCCGUCAAUCCCCUCACAGAGGCCAGAAGAAAGAAGUCGGGUGAGUAUUGGAAGAAAAGAAGACUUCAGACGGCAGAAGACUUCAGUAAUGGAAGUACAGUGGUAGUGCUGCUCUUCAUGCUCCCACACACCAACGGCACUCACAGGGUGCAGGGCGCUGGGGGGGGGAGCGCCCUGGGCGCAUGUUACUGGUCUGAUUAAUGUGAACAAUUGGCAAAAAAAAAAAAGCAUUUAGGUGCCGAGGCACCGUGGUUCAUCCCCCGCCAGUAUACUUGAAUUAUUUCCCCGACACCGCUUAUACGGGUGUAGGGCGCGCGGGGGGGAGCGCCCUGAGCAGCGAGUCAGUUUGAAAAUUCUUCCUCGCACUGCCGGGGGCUCCGUAUACAGACCCCCGCAGGCGCGUUAGGCCGUGGUCCCCGUCGGCCACCAUGGGUACAGGGCGCCGGGAGGUGGUGGCGCCCGGGGCAGCAUAGAUAGUUAGAGCUCCCGGGCGCCGCACACGGGGACCCACCAUGAGAGUGGCGGGUGCGCGAUGCGCCGGAACUCCCGCUUCCCGAACGUUGUCUGAGGUGCAGGGCGCGCAGGGGGGGUCCUGAGCAGCAUGGUGCUGAGUGUGUGUGUGUGUGUAUAUAUGUAUGUGUGUGUGUGUAUGUAUGUGUGUGUGUAUAUAUAUAUAUAUAUGUGUGUGUGUGUGUAUGUAUAUGUGUGUGUGUGUGUGUGUGUGUAUAUAUAUGUAUGUGUGUGUAUAUGUAUGUGUGUGUGUGUGUGUGUGUAUAUAUAUAUAUAUGUGUCGUUACCCUAUAUUUAGUACUCGGCCGAGAGGGGCGGAGCUUAGCCUCACACACUGAGUCAGCGCCAUUUUUCCCUGCUGUCCCCGCCAAGAACAAACAGUGGGGAACGCAAUGUUUGGACUCUGUUGCCCUCCCAGAGGUGUAAUCUCCCUGUGUAUAGGUUCCCCCGGCUCAAUAUAGGGUUUUAUUUAUAUUUAUAUAUAUAUAUAUAUAUUUAUUUUUGUCGAGCGGGCUUAAGCGCACCGGGAAGGGGCGGAGCUUAGACCUCACAGAGGGGUCAGCGCCAUUUUCCAAAGUUCCCCACCGGUACUUGCUGUAUACUAAGAAGGAAGGGGGACACAGAGUGUUUUAAUGCUGUAUGGGUGUCAUACAGCAUUAGGAUUGAUAAUGGACUCAGAAUCCUUAUUGUAAUACAUAAAUACACUGUUUCCCUGUUUUAUUUACCCACUAUUGGUUAGUCGACAUGUGUCGACAGGUGUGAGGGCUUUGUCAAAGGCGCCUGUGGGGAUAACUGUCGGUUGAUUAAGCUCUAGAUUGGCCGGGACGAGUUGGUUUCGAUGCUCUCAAGGAGUCCGAAUAUUAAUCUCUUCACAACGCGGAGAGAAAUCUAUGACAGUCAACUCCUGGACGACGCAGAGCCCGGUCGCAAAGGAUCAUACACAGGCAGCUAAGUGAAAUUUUAUUUCUAUACUUUGACCUUAUUUGCAAUGUAUGCACUUGAGGGAGUGUGGUAGUCGGGUAAGCUUCCGAUAGAAUUAUCCUGCCCAGAGUGGGUAGGGCUUGCCUAUGUUUAUUUUUCCUUAUAACAUUACAGCAGGCUGCCAAGUGACAGCAGGUGGUGUGACCGGAAAAAUGCGGAGGAGGUCUCCGGGAGAUGCUGGUGGGAGGUAUACAGCUGUUUGGUGUGGCCUCCCUUCAGUUAAUCUCGGCGGUAUCCGCUGAUAAGGCUAAAUUCGUGAGUUAACUUCUUUCACAACGGUGGAUGACGCAUUCUUUUGUGGGAUGCAGUCGUUUAACCGGUUCGAGACCGUUCUUUUUCCUUUUCUGUGUAGACAGUGGAAGGUGAAAAGGUAAGUGUUCUGCAACCUGGUUAGGUUCGCAGAAGUGGAUGUAGUUUCUGUUUCCACUAUAUACACCACUUGUCGCUGAGUCUAUCUGGCUGGUCCCCACUUCGGUGACCACUUGUCCACUAAUUUUCAGUUAGUCUAGGAAUAGACUACGACAUGUGAGUUAUUUAUAGAAGCCAAAGGGGAACGUUCUGAGUUACGGUUGUUUCCCCUUACUGUUAUUUCUAAUAGAUCUUGCCUCUCCCCUAUGGAAGGGGAGGUAACACGCAACGCCUUACAGAGGUGAGUCACGUUCAGGACAUUGUCUGGUUGUCCCUGUAAAAAGGUGCAUAUCCUUGUUUAUUUGACGGUUCUUCGGCGCAGAAAUGGGCCUGUUGUUCCCAACGACGCAGAUGUCAGAAGUGGUUUUCAGAGUGGAUACUGACCGGUUAAGGUUUGGUGUUUUCCUGUGGAAAGAGGUCUGAGGGUCCAGAGUUGGAUCGACUUUGAGGUGACACCUCAUCAAUAGGUUCCAUUAAGAAGACAGAUGGAUGCGGCAUGAGAGGUUUUUUUUCGGAGAGCAGGUCUAAUACCAGAGUGAUUUUCAUGGGACCAGUUGGAAAUGUGGUCCGGGUCUCACCUGCGCAUCCACCGGAAUAUAAUCAAAACGGCCAGGACAUCGCUCCUGUGGUGUCUGCUCGAUUUUUUCCUUCUAGAGGGAUAAAGGUUUAGAUCUUGGUGUCCGUGCAUAUAGAUCUCCGAAGCUGGGGAGCAGUCCUUUGCAAGGGACGUAUUUCCAGAGGAUGAGGUCAGGUUGGGAAACUUGUCUGCUGUAAGUUUUGGAAUUAAGAGCUAUUUUAGACGAACGUGUUCUUCAUGCUCUGCCGUGUUAAUUCUGCCAGAAGCCUUGUCAGAAAUGGCGUAAGUAAGCCGCUAGGGCAGAACAAAAAAAAAAAACACGAAAAUGGCAGAAGGUGCGCUGUUUGCAGUUGAGGGGGAAGUCUGGUAAACGCUAUGUUAGCAGUCUUCAUUCCGGAGGUAAACGACGGAGACAUAGAUUUCCUUUGCGACAUGAUAUUCAGCCGGGAAAAAUACUGUCAUUAUUGAGAAGCUUUCCCAGACGUGCCAAGUCUUUGUGGAGUGUCGCAAUUGGACAUGUUGGCGUUUCGCCUCAACGUGAGACCUCGAGGAGAGGGUUCCAGGUUAAGAGACACUCAGGAUAUAGCAGCGGACAUCCUUGUGACACUGUUUUUAGUCGGUCGAGGUGGCCUCUCCGCUUUCACUUUUCUGGCAGUGGUAAGCGUAAGAUGAUCGAUGAUCCUCUGAACUCCGGUCUAACCAGAGAGGGUUGGCUAUCCAGUUUUCAUGGUUUACUCCUAGAAAAUUACUGCCCUCUUCCUUUACGUGACGUAAUGUUACAACAGGAUCAUGGCGUGUAUCAGGACUUACCGCGGCUGCGUCUAAUGGUGGGGCGGUUGAAGGUCGUAUCCUAAGCUGAAUGGGUGUUCCCAGUGAAGUCGUUUCUUCAAUUCUUCCGGCUUGGAAAGAACUCACGGCACAGCGUUACAACCGUUGUUGGAGUAAUUAUGUGUCUCGGUGUGUAUCCAGGAAGGCUCCUAUGGAGGACUUUCAGCUAGGUCCUGCUUAUCCAUACGUUACAAGCCGAUGUGAAGGCAAGACUAUAUUAAGUUUCUUUGCGGAAAUUCUCGUUUGGAAAGUGGUCAGGUUUUUUACUUCGACGUCCGCAAGGUGGGUGUCGGAAGUGGUGGUCUUGUCCCACAAGAGCCUUGUUUGAUCUUUCAGGUGGAUAGAGAGGAAUUGAGUACUCGGUUGAUAUUUCUACCAAGAGGGGUUUCGCAGAAAUCAGGCUUUUGUUGAUGCAGGGGGUUACUUAGGCAUUAGCUAGUUCAAACCCCCUUGCUCUAGCCAGGGUUUUGAGUAUGCAAGUCAUCUAUUUGGCUUAGUUUGGAGUAACAGAGACCCUGUUUAUGUGGUAUGUUCCCAGCUUACUUUGGGAGACUGCGUUAUGCAGUUUGUUACAUGCUGAAUCUGUGAUGCGGUCUGGCAUGUUUGUUCUACGGCUGCUUUGCCGUCACCGAAGUCGGUGAAGGUUCCUUCUUUUGGGAAGACGGGAUUUUCUUGGGCGAAUGCCCGAGGAGUCUCGGCGGUUCAACUUUGCCGAGCGGAUUCUUGGUCGGGGUCAAAAGUUUUUGCCAUGCUUUACAAAUUUGAUACCCGGAUUGUUGAGGACCUUAUGUUUGCUCAUUCGGUGCUGCAGAGUCGUCCGCACUCUCCCGCCCGUUUUGGAGCUUUGGUAUAAACCCCAUGGUCCUUUUGGAAUCCCCAGCAUCCUCUAGGACGUAUGAGAAAAUAGGAUUUUGGUACCUACUGGUAAAUCCUUUUCUCUUGGUCCGUAGAGGAUGCUGGGCGCCCGUCCCAGUGCGUACGGUGUCUACAGUUAUUGCUUUUUGGUUACACCCUGGUGGUGUGUCUUCUCUAUCUGGUGGUUGCUACCGUUGUUCAUGACAUAGCAUGCAGGGUCCUAUUUUUGUUUCUGUGGACACACGGGUUGUGUUACAUAUUCUCUCAGGGUUUUGUUCAUGCCGUUGACUGGUAUUCUACUGAAUGCCACGUUCUACAGUGUGUUUGAGGUCUGAGCUGGUAUGACACUCACCGUGUUUAUAACAAUAAAUUCUUUCCUCGAAAUUGUCCAUCUCUCCUGGGCACAGUUUUCUAACUGAGGUCUGGAGGAGGGGCAUAGAGGGAGGAGCCAGUUCACACCCAGUUUAAGUCUUUACAGUGUGCCCAAGCUCCUGCGGAUCCGUCUAUACCCCAUGGUCCUUUUGGAAUCCCCAGCAACCUCUACGGACUAAGAGAAAAGGAUUUACUGGUAGGUACCAAAAUCCUAUUUUACUUCCUAAAUAAUACAUCCCAAAGGCUUACGUCUUUUUUCUGCUGUUUAUUUUGUAUCUUGUGCUUUGUGUAAAUGUGAAUGUCUAAUACCAGUUUCCACAAUCUGUAUUGCUGCACGACAAUAUGGCGGCCAUUGGAACGUGUUUUCACUUCUAGUUUGCCUAACUUGUUGCAGACACUCAUCUUGAUAAGGAGUGUAGAGUGUUUUCUGAUACAAGAUCCUGUCCAUAUAUACCCUGUACAUUAUCAUGUGCAUUAGAGUCACCCGGGUUACAUCUGCAGUGGUUUGUUGUAUGUUACAUCUAUAUGGUGCGGAUACUCCCCUGUAUUUCAUAA